AUGCAAGGGCAAGGAACACGAUCCAUGAGCCGGGCAAGCGCAUGUGUACGUAACACCAAGGGCGUUCAACCCCGCGAGCUCAGGGCCAAUGACGGCGGCACCGCUGCCAAGCCAAACCCUGGGCACGGCCGCGUGUGUAUGGUGGCUGAUGUUGUGGAAUCCCGGUCGAUAACACAAUCACGCCAUGCUAUAAGGUACAAUAUCACGCACGCUAUGGGCCAGUUCCACAACUCCGGGCCCCCGGUGGAUCUCCCGCGACGGCACGGCAGAAACGGCAUAGCGGCUGACUCGCGCGACGCUGGGGCGCCUGCCGCAGAUCGCCGGCUGCGGCAAAUCACGGCGCGGCCAAUUCGUCUGCAUCAAUGCUAUCAUGUUUGGCACGCCUGGCUGCGUGUCAGCGAUCCUGGACCUUCUCCAGCAAUAACACGGCAGACCACGAUGAAGGUAUUACAACGGGCCACAUUCAGCGCUGCGAGAGCUGGCCAUACAACUACCUCCUAGGGUCCCCGCUCGUGGGCACGAUCAAGAUGGAGCAGCUCGGCAUGAGCGAGCGACCAAGGCACGCACGUGCACGACUUUGCAAUCAUGCAGCCUUCGCUCAGAGCCGAUAGUGGCGCCACAGACGAGAGUGGCGGCAGGCUUCAGCGGUCAUGAAAUGAUCCUGCAGAGAUCCUGCCCAGCGCAAUUCACGGCAAAUGUUGAAGGCCAAGCUAUGACAGAUACGGGGGACAUUGGACCAGAGCAGUUUUCGCCACGGAUAGUUGUCGCGUUUAACUUUGUUGAUGGCAUCCAGUGGCUCUAAGUGAGUUGGG